CGCCGUCGCUUCCGGCCGCGCGGGCGGGCGCCAUGAUGGCGGCGGCGGGGCUCUCCAAGGCCGAGUACCUGCGGCGGUACCUGAGCGGGCCGCCCGCCGCCGAGCCCGCCCAGCCCCGCCGCCGCCGCAGGAAGAAGCCGCCGGGCGGCGCUGGCAGAAGCGGGAUGCGGAUCGUGGACGACGAUGUCAGCUGGAACAGCAUCGCCGCCGUCCAGGAGAAGGAAGAGGAGGAGGACGAAGGGGACCUGCCUGUGGUGGCAGAAUUUAUUGAUGAGCGUCCAGAUGAAGUGAAGCUCAUGGAGGAAUUCCGAACAAAUACUAAAUGGAAACUUUUAGGAGACCAGAAUGAAGACUCGCAGAGUUCAGAUAUUUCAGUACCUGCCAAAUCUACCACAAGGCGACAGCGCCAUGACUCCCCGGACACCUCGCCACCAAGGAGACUGCGGCAUGACUCCCCAGACAAAUCACCGCCAGGGCAACAGUGCCAUGACUCCCCGGAUCUGUCCCCUCCCAGGCGAGAGAGAAACAAUUCCCCCAACCUCUUGCCUCCCAGGCAACAGCGCCACGACCCCCCAGACCUCUCGCCACCAAGAAGGAAGCGCCAGGACUCUCCGGACCUCUCGCCACCAAGAAGGAAGCGCCAGGACUCUCCGGACCUCUCGCCACCAAGAAGGAAGCGCCAGGACUCUCCGGACCUCUCGCCACCAAGAAGGAAGCGCCAGGACUCUCCGGACCUCUCGCCACCAAGAAGGAAGCGCCAGGACUCUCCGGACCUCUCGCCACCAAGAAGGAAGCGCCAGGACUCUCCGGACCUCUCGCCACCAAGAAGGAAGCGCCACGACCCUCCGGAACUCUCGCCACCAAGAAGGAAGCGCCACGACUCCCCGGAACUCUCGCCACCAAGAAGGAAGCGCCACGACUCCCCGGAACUCUCGCCACCAAGAAGGAAGCGCCACGACUCCCCGGAACUCUCGCCACCAAGAAGGAAGCGCCACGACUCCCCGGAACUCUCGCCACCAAGAAGGAAGCGCCACGACUCCCCGGAACUCUCGCCACCAAGAAGGAAGCGCCACGACUCCCCGGAACUCUCGCCACCAAGAAGGAAGCGCCACGACUCCCCGGAACUCUCGCCACCAAGAAGGAAGCGCCACGACUCCCCGGAACUCUCGCCACCAAGAAGGAAGCGCCACGACUCCCCGGAACUCUCUCCAAAGAGAGACAGUUCAGCUGUGGGGAAAAAAAGCUGCAAAAUCCCAGACAAGUCACAGUCAGGAGGAGUCCAAGGAGAGCAGUCUCAGCUCAGGCAUGGCCUCUCUGACAAGUCCUUGUCACGUCAGAAGCGUCAGGCUACUCCGGAUCUGUCCCCUCCACGGAAGAGGAGGUACGAUUCUGACCCAGAUUCGUCACCGCCACGGAGAAAGAGGACUGAGUCGCCUACUCUGAAAAAGCAGAGCAGAACAAAAGAUGCUUCUCCAGCUACAAAAACCCUGAGGCAGGUGCCCUCGCCUCAGAGGUGCCCGAGGCGCGACUCGGACCCCCCAUCUCCACGGAGGGGCACGCGGAACGCCUCUGACGCAGAGCGCAGGCUAGGCCGCUUGCGCAGCGAUUCCCCAAAGCGUGGUCCUCUCAGACGGAAUCAGAGCAAGUCGUCAGACUCUGAUUUAUCGCCUCCACGACGGACUCUACCGGCCGGAAAGGAUCAGCACAGUCCAAGGAGUCCCCCUGACCUCUCCCCUCAUCUCCACCGUGAUGUGAAGGGAUCUCCCAAGAAGGCAAAUACGAUGUUUUCUGGGGUCAAAGCUGGCUUGGUGUCAGCGGACGUGCUGCGGAGGGAACAGCAGGAGCUCAGGAAGCAUGAGAGAAAUAACAAGCACUUGGAAGAGGAGUCUCGCCACUCUGAGACCGUCUUCCGAGACAAGUCAGGCCGCAAGAGGGACCUUGCACAGGAGCGGCUGGAGCAGAGGCAGAAAGCUGAAGCGAAGUCGGAGAGAGACGAGCAAUACGCCAAGUGGGGUAAAGGGCUGGCGCAGGGGAGGCAGCAGCAGCAGAACGUGGAGGACGCAAUAAAAGAGAUGCAGAAGCCGUUGGCCCGUUACAUUGAUGACCAGGAUCUGGAUCGAAUGCUGAGAGAAAAGGAGAGAGAAGGAGACCCCAUGGCUGACUUCAUCAAAAAAAGGAAGGCCAAAGAGAGCAAAGAAAAGAAAGAAAAACCCAGGUACAACGGACCAGCACCUCCGCUCAACAGAUUUAAUAUAUGGCCCGGGCAUCGCUGGGAUGGCGUGGACAGGUCCAACGGGUUUGAGCAGCAGCGCUUUGCGAGGAUAGCCAACAAGAAGGCAGUUCAGGAGCUCGCGUACAAGUGGAGCGUUGAGGACAUGUAGGUGAGGUGAAGAGCCACGCGAAGCAGCGCCCCUGAGUUGAUGGUUCACCUGCUGCCGCUGCCAGAGCCGUGAGGGAUGGCUCGCUCUGCCUGGACCGAGCCCUGUCCUCAGCGUUCAGCGCCCCAGCGGGCCGUCCUCCCAGAGGCAAGGCUCAGUUGAGCAGAGAGCUGCCGAAAGAGGAUUUUCCUGUCAGCCGGAGAGGACGAGCGCCGAGGACUGCAGCAGAGCUGCCCGGAGCGGCGCAGCGGCCGAGCGCGGAGGGGAGGUGCGGUGCUGCUGCCUGCAGGAGUCCCUCAGCUCUUGGGUGCUCCACCGUAAGGUGCUGCAGACGUUGGUUUCCGGUCCGUUUAUUUGUCUUCUAACAAACUGUAGAAACCAUAUGCUUAAUUGUCUUAUGCCAAAUGCUUCUUCUCUGAGGGCGGUUCACAAGUCUUCAGGUGUCCUAAAUCUCAGGUUUUUCCUCAUGGUAAAAGUACGCUGAACACGUGGUCGCUGGAGAGCGAACCUCACCCAGGAGGUCAGUCUGUUCCAGAGCUCAGUUGCAGGUCAGUUGUGUUUGAGUUCUUCCAGAGAGCAGCGAUGCCCGAAACCGACUCAGUCCUGUGAGCUGAUCUGCCUGCGGGCUGAGGUCAGCUCCUCCCUGCGACCUUCCUGGCGCACCCGAAGGGCUGCUGUUAAGUUUGUGCAGUUAUUGUGCCCUCUGGUUCCUGGGAGUCGCUGGCGUGCAGUGGAGCUGAAGCUCGGCUCCUCGCCCUGCCGAGGAGGCCGCUGCUGCGUAUCGCUCCGGCCUCCUCCUACAAGAGGUUGAGAGACCAACCUGUGGUGCUGUAUUCGACAGCAAAAUCUUCAGGAGCCUCCGCAACUCUUUGGGGGUCAGUUUCUUGUGGAAAGAAACAUAUGAUGGGUGUUUAAAUUGCCUCCCCUGCCUGUUAGUUCGAGUAGGUAGCGAAGGGGGUUGGAUCCCUGCUCCUCUGUGGGCAGCAGCGCCGAUAGCCUGGGGGCUCGCUCCAGCGCGAAGCGUUAACCCCUCGCUUGCGAUCAGAUUUGUCGGGCUUGCAGCUGGAGGCCGGGCAGAGCGCUUCCCUUAAUCCCUGCUUGCGAGGAGGCACUUGUGGAGGUACAGUUGUUCUCCUUGACGUCCCAGGGAGCAUGUAUGAAACGCAGCCGGCGGUUUCCAUGGAGAUGCCUCGUCUUCAGCGGUGGUCAGGCGCCCGCCGUCAGAACUGCUCUUGCGGCGACUCUCGAGCGCUAGGAGGGCUGUGGGCGGGAAGCGUAACGACAGUGUCUUCUCUGGAGUGGGAGAGCCUUGGGACUCCCUUCCCCCUUUUAUAUUCACUGUGUUGUGUUUCUAGCGGUCCCGGAAUCUGUGUGUACACUUGUAAAUAACAGCUUUCUUUUUCUACUUGA